UCCGCGAACAUGGCGGCGCCGUAGCCGGGGCCCAGGAGCCGGGGGCGCGGGGCUGCCGCCGAGCGCAGGACUGGCCGACGAUGGCGACCCCCGACCAGAAGUCGCCUAACGUGCUGCUGCAGAACCUGUGCUGCCGGAUCCUUGGCCGGAGCGAAGCUGAUGUAGCCCAACAGUUCCAGUUUGCUGUGCGAGUUAUUGGCAGCAACUUUGCCCCAACUGUUGAAAGAGAUGAAUUUCUGGUAGCUGAGAAAAUCAAGAAAGAACUUAUUCGGCAAAGGAGAGAGGCAGACGCUGCAUUGUUUUCAGAGCUCCACAGGAAACUUCAUUCCCAGGGAGUUUUGAAAAAUAAAUGGUCAAUACUCUACCUCUUGCUGAACCUCAGUGAAGACCCGCGCAGGCAGGCAAACAAGGUGUCCAGCUAUGCCUCGUUGUUUGCACAGGCAUUGCCGAGAGAUGCUCAUUCCACUCCCUACUACUGCGCCAGGCCUCAGUCCCUGCCCCUGAAUUACCAGGACCGGGGCACCCAGGCGGCGCAGAGCUCUGGCAGCCUGGGCAGCAGCGGCAUCAGCAGCAUCAGCGUGUGUGCCCUCAGUGGCCCUGCACCUGCGCCCCAGCCUCUCCUCCCAGGACAGUCUCAUCAAACUCCGGGAGUCGGGGAUUGCCUUCGACAGCAGCUGGGGUCACGUCUUGCAUGGACUUUAACUGCAAACCAGCCUUCUUCGCAAACCCCUCCCUCAAAGGGUGUCUCUAGUGCUGUUUCUCGCAACCUGACGAGGUCGAGGAGAGAAGGAGAGACAGGCGGUGCUAUGGAAAUUACUGAAGCAGCUCUUGUGAGAGACAUUUUAUAUGUCUUCCAGGGCAUAGAUGGCAAAAAUAUCAAAAUGAGCAACACUGAAAAUUGUUAUAAAGUGGAAGGAAAGGCAAACCUAAGUAAAUCUUUGAGGGACACGGCAGUCAGACUUGCUGAGUUGGGAUGGUUACAUAAUAAAAUCAGAAAGUACACUGACCAGAGGAGUCUGGACCGUUCCUUUGGACUUGUAGGUCAGAGCUUCUGUGCUGCUCUGCACCAAGAGCUCAAGGAGUACUACCGCCUACUCUCCGUUUUACAUUCCCAGCUACAGCUAGAGGAUGAUCAGGGGGUGAAUUUGGGACUUGAGAGUAGCCUAACACUACGGCGCCUCCUGGUUUGGACAUAUGAUCCCAAAAUAAGACUGAAGACCCUUGCAGCCCUGGUGGAUCACUGCCAAGGAAGGAAAGGAGGUGAGCUGGCCUCUGCUGUCCAUGCCUACACGAGAACGGGAGACCCCUAUAUGAGGUCCUUGGUGCAGCACAUCCUGAGCCUGGUGUCUCAUCCCGUGCUCAGCUUCCUCUACCGCUGGAUCUAUGAUGGGGAGCUGGAGGACACUUACCACGAAUUUUUUGUAGCAUCAGAUCCAACAGUUAAAACAGACCGACUGUGGCAUGACAAAUAUACUUUGAGGAAAUCGAUGAUUCCUUCAUUUAUGACAAUGGAUCAAUCUAGGAAGGUCCUUUUGAUAGGAAAAUCAAUAAAUUUCUUGCACCAAGUUUGUCAUGAUCAGACUCCUACCACAAAGAUGAUAGCUGUGACCAAGUCUGCAGAGCCACCACAGGACGCUGCAGAUUUAUUCACAGAUUUAGAAAAUGCAUUUCAAGGGAAGAUCGAUGCUGCUUAUUUCGAGACCAGCAAAUAUCUACUGGAUGUUCUCAACAAAAAGUACAGCUUGCUGGACCACAUGCAGGCAAUGAGGCGGUACUUGCUUCUUGGUCAAGGAGACUUUAUAAGGCACUUAAUGGAUUUGCUAAAACCGGAACUUGUCCGUCCAGCAACAACUUUGUAUCAACAUAACUUGACUGGAAUCCUUGAAACUGCUGUGAGAGCCACCAAUGCACAGUUUGACAGUCCUGAGAUCCUCAGAAGGCUGGACGUGAGGCUGCUGGAGGUCUCUCCGGGUGACACGGGCUGGGACGUCUUCAGCCUGGAUUACCACGUUGAUGGACCCAUUGCAACUGUGUUCACACGAGAGUGCAUGAGCCACUACCUGAGAGCGUUCAACUUCCUCUGGAGGGCCAAGCGCAUGGAGUACAUCCUCACCGACAUCCGGAAGGGACACAUGUGCAACGCCAAGCUCCUGAGGAGCAUGCCGGAGCUCUCUGGGGUGCUGCAUCAGUGUCACAUUCUGGCCUCGGAGAUGGUGCACUUCAUUCAUCAAAUGCAGUAUUAUAUCACAUUCGAGGUGCUGGAAUGCUCCUGGGACGAGCUUUGGAACCGAGUCCAGCAGGCCCAGGACUUGGACCACAUCAUUGCAGCGCACGAGGCCUUCCUGGACACCAUUACCUCCCGCUGCCUGCUGGACAGUGGCUCCAGGGUACUUUUAAACCAACUCAGAGCUGUGUUUGACCAGAUUAUUGAGCUUCAGAAUGCUCAAGAUGCAAUAUACAGGGCUGCCCUGGAAGAACUGCAGAGACGAUUACAGUUUGAAGAGAAAAAGAAGCAGCAUGAAAUUGAGGGUCAGUGGGGAGUGACGGCAGUGGAGGAAGAGGAGGAGAAUAGGAGGAUCCGAGAAUUUCAAGACUCUGUACCAAAAAUGUGUUCACAGUUGCAAAUAUUGACGCACUUCUACCAGGGCAUCGUGCAGCAGUUCCUGGUGUUACUGACCACCAGCUCUGACGAAAGUCUCCGGUUUCUCAGCUUCAGGUUGGACUUCAACGAGCAUUAUAAAGCCAGAGAGCCCAGACUCCGCGUGUCUCUGGGCACCAGAGGGCGGCGCAGUUCUCACAUGUGACGGGCGCCUUCUCCCGAGGAGCUGCGCAGGUUGCUGUGGUCAGCGCUGAGAUUCAGUUCACAUUCUGGGCCCUCCGGGCAGCUGGGAGGAGGCCCUGUGUUUGUGGCAGGGUGGCUGGCGGAGUGGGUUUUGUGCUGCAGUUGAGUGCGAGGUCGCUGGGUCGAAGAGGCUGGCUGGCGCUGUCUUCCCACUCAGAAGAUGCCGGGGUGUUUUGGGCUGCCGAAGCUCUCUGUGUCGUUUAUAUUUGUCACUUUUUUAGAAACUUGUGUUUCUUUUAGCACAAGGGCAGUGCUGUAUUCAUGAAUUGAGAUGGUAAUGUCAAUGCUAUUUUUUUAACAUCCUCUUUAGAGGCGAUUUUUGUUAUCAUAAUGAAAUUAAACUGAAAARAAAGACGUCCCUACUAAGAUAAUACACAGAGCAUUUGUUUUGGUUUUAGUGCUGUGACAUACUGACCCGUGAGAGCAUUUGUGUCUUAACGCGUUGCCUUCACAUAUGUCUGUUCUGACUUUUUCUUCCAAAGUUACAUUUUUAUAUUUAGUUUACUAUUUCAGAUAACUUCUAAAACAGUACAGAAACAAGUAGGCACGAUAUAGAACAGAGACCUCAAACAGUGCAGCCAGAUUGCUCAAAACUGUCAGCUGAAGCAGUGUGUAGAUACAAAUAACUCCAAAGUAAGAAUUUUAUUUUCAGAAUCCUGACAAGCAUUGGAAAGAAAUCGACUUGGAUAAUGAAGGUUUCCUUUUCCCUUGCCUAUUUUUUCAUUGUAAAUAUUUAUAUACCACUGACCAGAUGUUGGGGGGAACUGUUUUUGUAAAAAUGUCAUAUCAGGUCACAUAAAUCUGCCUUUUUUAUGUUGCAUAAAUGAAAACUUAGAGAAUUAAAGGCAACCAUCUUUCAGACGCACUGCUUGUCUCUUAGUAGUCUGUGAAGAGAUGGUCCCUUGCCAGGCCUGGGGUGGGGGUUGAAUUGGAUUUAACAUGAUGCAGCAUAGGAAUUAUUUAAUUUUUGAAACCAAGAAAUCAGGCUGUGUGCGACUUCCAGUGCAGAACCUAAGGGACCCCCACUCCCUGCUGAGUGAGGAGUCCUCAGCCGAUAGCCACCUCUGUCACUCAGGAGGUGCGAAGCUCAGUCCCAGAGUGGAGUGGCCCCUGGCGAGUGUCCCCAGGGCCUGCCUGCCUGUGCUCCAGUUAGCUCCCAGGCUGCUCCAGUUUGGUUUAAGCGUGGUUAUGAUAAUCUGCUGUUUUUCCUGUCCAGCUCAGGUGUGGCUGCCACUGUUGGAAGUAUGGUGUCACUUGUGGUAUUCAUACGCUCCAGUGGACGCAUGGACAUUAGGAGGACGUGUAGAGGGGCUGAGGAUGUGCAGGCUGGAGGGAACCCUGGAUCAGACAGCGCACUCAGGUGUGGAUGGUUGGCAGGGCCUAUGGGUUCAGCUUGGCGGGAGGGGAGAAGGGGCAGCUGGCCAGAUGAGCAUCACGUCAGGGAUAUCACCAUCUUGCUCUGGUGUUGGUGCUGGUGCCCUGCUGUAAGGUGGCCUGGGCAGCCUUUGGACUGCUCUGCUUUGCUCUCCCAGGCUCUGGCAUGUGCUGGUGUGGUUUCCGCAUCCAUGCCCCUGUGGCCUUCCCAGUGUCCACGGUGAGCUGCGCCCCUUUCCUUCUUGUACUCUUGUCUGUACUCGCUCUUCCUCUCCCUGCCCGGGUGGUGGUGUGGCUCCAGGCACAGCUCACUUGCUCCUGCUCUUCUGCAAGGUGCAGAUUCCCUGCAGAACACGCCUCGUGGUGGCUGUGUGACAGGUGAGUGCUCGUGGGGUCGGCUCAUUGUCAGCCUGUCCCUGACCACACCCCCUGGCUGUGACCCAGCCACGCUGUCCACGGGGCACUGUCAGGGUCUUCGACUCAUGUGUGGUUCUGUCCUGUCAGGUUUUCUCCUGACUAUGGAUAUUGUUUCAGCUUCAGAAUUUCUGGGAAUUUAGCUUUUUUCCUUUUCCUUUUUGAAAAAGAAUAAAAGAAAAACAAAGGGGAGUUGGCUGCACCGUGUGCCAGCAUGUUGGGACUGUGGUAUGUAAAGGGCGCUAGACAGGAGUCGGAAGAGCCCGCCCUCAGUGGAUGGAGCAGUGCCGUGGUGCUGGCUCACGGAGGCUCCGUGUCGGAAGAAGACCCACCUCGGAGGUGUGACAUGUUUGGUUCCCAGUUCAGGUGCUUUGGAGUACAUGGUUUUGGGCAAA